AAGAUUUGUUUCCCGGCCGGGCGGGCACUGCGUUGCUCUCCCAAGAUGGCGGCGCCCGUGAGCGAGGAUGGGAAGGGGCUGCGGGGCGAGGCGUGCUCCUUUCUCCCGGGCGGCGCGGCUCCGUACGGCAACUUCCCGGACUACUCCCGCUUCCACCCGCCGGAAGGGCGGCUCCAACUCCUGCCCGCCGCGCUCCUGAGCCAGCUGUUCCCGAGCCCGCGGGCCGGGCCGCUUUUGGGGCUGGACGUGGGGUGCAAUUCCGGGGAGCUCAGCACUGCCCUCUACAGGCACCUUCUUGGGUUUGGAAAGAGUGAUGCUAGCCAUAUGUGCUCAGUGCCUGAAAAGGAUCUGUACCUCCUCUGCUGUGACAUUGACCCUGGGCUGAUUGAAAGAGCCAAGAAAUCCAGCCCCUUCCCAGGUGCCAUCUCCUAUGCCACCCUUGAUAUCAUGGAUGCUGGUGCGAGGGAGGUGCUCCUGAGUUCCUAUCUAAGCAGGUUUGGCCGCGUUGCCUUUGAUAUUUGCUUCUGUAUGUCUGUGACUAUGUGGAUCCACCUGAACCAUGGGGACAGUGGCUUGGUGAAGUUCCUGUCCUGCCUUGCCUCACAAUGUACAUAUUUGCUCAUUGAGCCUCAGCCAUGGAAGUGUUACCGGGCAGCUGCUCGACGCCUGCGGAAACUGGGCAGGAAUGAUUUCGACCAUUUCCGAUCGCUCACCAUCAGUGGGAACAUGGCAGAGGAAAUCACGCAAAUCUUGACCAAGGGCUGCGCCAUGGAACUGGUGUGUUGCUUCGGAAGCACCAGUUGGGACAGGAGCCUCCUGCUAUUUAAAUCAAAAGAGAUCAGAUCUCUGCUGUGAUCAAGGACUUUGCCGUUCAGGGAGAAAAAAUGGUAGUGAUUGGCAGAGUUGCCUGCUCUUUAUGGUGGUAUAAUUGCACUGCAAGAAUGCAGAAAAAAACAGAAGGGAGCAAAGCAUUGAGCAGCCUUAAAAUGAUGAAUUUUUUACUAUUUAUUUUUUAAAAUAAAAAAUAAGGAUGCCAAAACAGGUCCUGAAUACACAUGGAACCUGGAAUAUGGGUUUGAUGGUGAUUUUUAUUUAUGUUCCACCUUUUCUCAAAGAUUGGGAUUGAAGAUGGCUUUGAAGAGUGCUGAACAGAGAGUUCCAGCUUGUUGGGAGGAAGGUUUUUGGGUUCAGACAGCAUUUUCACCCUCCUUAUGAUAAGAAGAAAGAAAAUAAAACGUGUGGCAGAUUGUCUCACCUUGCAGAACAGAGAUUCCCUAAUUCAGCUUUUCUUGACUUGCUGCAGAAUGGUGAUUUACAUGUGUUUAUUAAAUAAAAACAUCAUUCUUUA